CUAAAGUUGACAGACAUGGUGCUGACGAUGAUCGCUCGGCUGGCGGAACUGCCGCUUGCCGCGUCCAUGCAGGAGGACGAGCAGGGAAGUGAAAAGAUGGGCCGAGACCUUCAGCAGUACCAGAGUCAAGCUAAACAGCUCUUCAGGAAACUCAAUGAGCAGAGUCCCACACGGUGCACUUUAGAGGCUGGUUCUGUGUCCUUCCAUUAUUUUAUAGAGCAGGGCGUGUGCUACCUGGUGCUAUGUGAAGCCAGUUUUCCCAAGAAGCUGGCCUUUGCUUAUCUAGAAGAUCUUCAAGCAGAGUUUCAUGAACAGCACGGAAAGAAGGUCCACACAGUAUCUCGGCCUUAUUCCUUCAUUGAAUUUGACACAUACAUCCAAAAAACAAAGAAGUCGUACAUCGACAGCCGAGCCAGAAGGAAUCUGGGCAGCAUCAAUACGGAGCUCCAAGAUGUGCAGAGGAUCAUGGUGGCCAACAUAGAGGAGGUGCUGCAGCGAGGGGAGGCGCUCUCUGCACUGGACUCCAAGGCCAGCAACUUGUCCAGCCUGUCGAAGAAGUAUCGCAGUGAUGCCAAGUAUCUGAAUACUCGCUCCACUUACGCCAAACUGGCCGCCGGCGGCGUGUUUUUCAUCAUGCUCAUUGUGUACGUACGCUUCUGGUGGCUCUGAGAGGGAAAUAGAAGAAGGUGUAGGAGGUACCGGAGUGGAAACUGAGCUGUACACAGUCUGCAGAGACGACAAAAAGUUACCACCUUCAACUAAAAAAACCAAACAAAAUAAAUCAAUAACAGGAGCUCGGCUCCACAUAAGACUUUAUGCCACCACCCAUUUUGUUCCCACGUGUCGAUCAUCCUGUAAUUUGAGUAGUAAUGAUGUCAUCGUACCGUCACGCGCUCCGAAUCUCUCUGAAGUUUAGAGGAAGUCAGUAUGUUCCUGCGUGUGACUGUGUGGGUCGGCUGUGUUUAAGGUGAUUUGUAUGCAAGUGUGGGAGAAACAUGAAGAUACUUCUUUUUUUUUUCCGCUGUUUUGUGAGUCUGUAAACCUCGAACGCCAGACUCGUUCAUUCAUACUUAAAAAAACCCCAGAAAAGUGCAAACAGAGCAGCAGGUGGGAAUCUGCCCCAACUGCUUCCAUCUCUUCCCUGCUUCGAGGUGAUGCAGCUGCUCUGUCACUGUGGCACAGACAGAAACAGGCAUUACCGCUAAACAGAUCGAGACGUGUCACUCAAACCAGGUCAUGACAGGCAGCCCCCCCCCCCCAAAAAAAAAACCUGUCCAUAGGGGUGAGAGCCAAAAUAUGUAAAACUGGUCCAGUUUUAAAUUGUCAAACCUGCACCCAUGUCGGGAUAUCACUGAUCUCGAUAAUGAGUCCGUUUCAUCAGCGUACCUCCAAAUAGUAAUAAAAUAAUGAAGACAGUUUGAAGUUGGCCUGAUUUUGGAGUCUGAACUGUUGUCGUCUGUGUUGGAAAAAUUUCAGCAGAGACAAAGACUUGGAUGUCAAAAAUGGUCCUGAUUUUCAAUUUUUUUU